AGGUGUUAUUUAUGGGUGAGUUUUGAUUGAUGCUUUCCAUACCAUAUCUUUCCCGCAUCAUAGAUUUUCCUUUCGUUACGUAUUGCCACAUCAAAGGCUUAAUAUCUUCCUCCGCUUGCGCUUGAAUGUAUGUGCACGGGAGCAGGAGAAUAUGAUCUUUUGCCGAGCUAUCUAUCUCUUUUUUUCGCAAUUCCGAUAGAAAAAAACAGAAGAGCGGAGAAACAACAGAGAAAGCAUAGGACAUAGAAAGUAGAAACAGGAAAAUCGAAGAUGGGUGUCCUUAAAGGGCAGAAAGGUUCAGAGAUACCAAUAACCCGAGAAGGAGUCGGUGUCAAUGCAGGGGUUUCAUCUACCAAGAGGAGGAGAUGGGCCAAGCUAAUGCCCUUCUUUGUCGCCCUUGUUGUCGUGGCCGAGAUCAUUUUUCUAGGCCGCCUCGACAUGGUGAAGAACGCCACCAUGGUUCGAACGUGGACCAACUCCUUCUAUUUUGCUUCAAUGCGUGAGGGGGCAAUGUCAUCACAGCAAAAGGAGGCCUUCGAUGCCUUGGGUCUUAACAACCAUAACGAGAAUUGCGAGGACUGGUUGGAGCAAGAAGACGCUAUCACCUACUCUAGAGACUUUGAAAAGAAACCCAUCUUGGUUUCUGGUGCUGAAGAGGGGUGGAUUUCUUGCUCUGUGGGGUGUAAGUUUGGAUUUGAAUUUGGGUCAAAUAAGAAGUAUGAUGCUAAAAUUGGCUCAUCUCAAGAUGUAACAACAGCUAGUGUCAUUCGAUCCAUGGAAUCCUCUCAGUAUUAUCCAGAACUCAACAUCAAGGAGGCACGAUGGAGACGGUAUAAUGUUGUAAUGACAACAAGUCUCUCUUCGGAUGUUCCUGUUGGUUAUUUUUCAUGGGCUGAGUAUGAAAUCAUGGCACCAUUACAACCGAAGGUUGAAAUUUCCCUUGCAGCUGCCUUCAUUUCCAAUUGUAGGUCUCACAACUUCCGCUUAGAGGCCCUUGAAGGGCUUGAAAAGGAGAAUAUUAAGAUAGAUUCUUAUGGUAUCUGUCAUAGGAAUCGUGAUGGCAGUGUGGAUAAAGUCGAAACUCUGAAACGCUACAAAUUUAGUUUGGCUUUUGAGAAUUCCAAUGAGGAGGAUUAUGUCACGGAGAAGUUUUUCCAGUCUCUUGUUGCUGGAGCUAUCCCUGUAGUUGUUGGUGCCCCAAAUAUCCAAGAGUUUGCUCCUUCUACUGGUUCAGUUUUACAUAUUAAGGAACUAAGUGAUAUUCCUUCUAUUGCUAAGGCUAUGAAAUACCUGGCAGAAAAUCCCGAUGCAUAUAAUCAGUCACUAAGGUGGAAGUAUGAAGGUCCAUCUGAUUCCUUCAAGGCCCUGGUGGAUAUGGCGGCAGUGCACUCAUCCUGCCGUCUUUGCAUUUACCUAGCAUCAAAGAUCCGAGAGAGUGAGGAAAGGAAUCCAGGAUUUCAGAAGCGUCCCUGUAAGUGCACCAGAGGCCUUGAAACAAUUUAUCAUAUAUAUGUAAGAGAAAGAGGGAGGUUCGAGAUGGAUUCCAUUUUCUUAAGGUCGGUCAAUUUGACUCUGAAUGCAUUGGAAUCAGCGGUUCUUGCAAAAUUUAAGUCUUCGAAUCAUGUUCCAAUCUGGAAGAAGCAAAGACCCGAGAGCAUUAAAGGGGAUGAACUUAAAAUUUACAGAAUAUAUCCUGUUGGGAUGACCCAAAGGCAAGCUCUGUACACCUUCAAAUUCAACGGAGACUCUGAUCUUAGGAAGUAUGUGGAAAGUCAUCCAUGCCCAAAAUUCGAAGUCAUAUUUGUCUGAAGAGAAUCCUAAUUGGCUGGCUUCAUUAUGUUUCCUCGCUGUACUACUAUUUGAGAAACCUCUCACUACUUGGAGGAAAAUUUUGCAGGCUAUAAGGUAAUAAAUUGGAAUUGGUGCUCUUUUGCUUCUUUCUGCCUCUUUGUAAUCUGUUUUCAUAACGCUUCCAUAUCUAGUGAAGAAAAUUACAAACAACUGCCACGGAAUGAUAUUUUACAGUGUUAGAUUACGAAUGAAAUGGGUUUAUACUGUGUCCUAAGCAUUA